AUGGCGGAAGCUUCAUCUGCCGUUUCCAAUUCGGCAAACACUCAAGGUACCGCGUCUCAACAUCAAUCCAUCUCUCCCUCCCUCAAGUUCAUCAUCUCCCACCUCAAGACUCUUGUUCCCAAUCAAUUGUCAACCGACAAAUACCCGAUCUGGAGAAGCCAGAUCGUCAAACUGCUGAGAGCAAACGGCUUCGUUCAUCUUCUUGAAUCACCACGUCAAUCGGCGUCGGACGCUCAAAUUCAGCAAACGGGUGAUUCCACUCAAUCCACGCUAUCUUUCGAUCAAAUUAACACCGAUCGCAAUCUUGCUGCUACGAUAUGUUCCACAGUUUCACCUACGAUCCUACCAUACAUUCUACAUCUUUAUUCGCUGCAUGAAAUCUGGCGAGUUCUUGAGACCAGAUUCCAGUCUUCAAACCGAUCCAAGGUUAUACAGCUCAAAAAUGAGCUUCAUCAUAUCACGAUGGGAUCUUCGAUGAUGGCGCAAUACCUCACCGAGAUCAAGAAGCUAGUGGAUCAAAUUGCUUCCGCCGGCUCCACGGUAGACAACGAAGACAUCAUUCUUCAUAUCUUGAAUGGUCUUCCAUCAACAUAUCAAUCCUUCAAAACCUCAAUCAGGACAAUGUUGCACCCCAUAAGUCUUGAUACUCUAUAUGCGCUACUCAUUAGUGAAGAAAUUCACGUUCAAAAUGAUACGUCAAGAAUACCGAUGGGCAUAUAA